AUGAACUUGAGUCCAAAUAUGCAUUUUCUGUCAUUGAUGCUGGGGCUUCUCCUCCUCUCUUUGCAAGUUCACACUAGUCCAACACCCCUAAAGAAAACAAUCCGUUCUGUCAGAAUUGAACGAAUUCGUCAGCCGAACUACGUGCCAGACGGCCCUGGCGCUCUCAAAAAAGCAUAUGCCAAGUUUGGGAUUAUCCCAUCGGGUAUCAGUUUCGAUUCCUUUGAAGAUUUCACUCCAUUCUCUUCCGACAACGACCGGAAUACAGUCUCAAAAGCAAUGCAAGCGAACGAAACCGGAAUUGUGACAAACACUCCUACAAACAAUGACGCGGAAUACCUCUCCCCCGUUACCAUUGGUGGCCAGAAAUUCGUCAUGAACCUCGAUACCGGCUCUUCAGAUACUUGGGUCUUCAAUACUCAGCUUUCAGAAGACGCAAAGAGAGGCCAUUCAAUUUUUGACCCAGCCAAGUCAAAAACCUUUUCUGACCUGGAGGACGCUACCUUCAAUAUCACAUACGGUGACGCAUCCUUCGCUUUUGGGCGAGUUGGAAUUGACACAGUUGAUAUCGGCGGCGCGACAGUCCAAAAGCAAGCCGUUGGCUUGCCGACAGACGUUUCAGGUUCAUUCAUACUGGACCAGGCAUCCGAUGGCUUGAUAGGAUUGGGUUUCGACGAACUUAACACCGUGGAACCGCAACAGCAGAAGUCUUUUUUCACCAACCUUGCUGCCAACUUGGAUGAGCCUGUUCUGGCUGCACAGCUAAAGAAAGGUGCCCCAGGUUCUUAUGAAUUCGGAGCCAUUGAUGAAACAAAGUUUAACGGGGACUUGGUGACAAUCCCCGUAAACAAUUCUAGGGGAUUUUGGGAAGUCAAGUCGACAAUGUUCAAAGUUGGCAAGGACGAGCAACUCCGCAGAAUCACCAAGGGUGUUGGUAGCGCGAUUGCUGAUACCGGCACAACGUUAAUGUUAGUCAACGAGGACAUAGUGAAUGCCUACUACGACCAGGUUGACAACGCCAGAUCGGUAUAUGCAGCUGGCGGGUUCAUCUUCCCGUGCAAUGCGACUCUUCCAGACCUUUAUGUUUCCUUGGGAGAUACCCAUCUCGCGAGAAUACCCGGCGAUUUGAUGAACUUCUCCAAGGUGGGCCUCAGUACUGAGACUGGGGAGGAAUUAUGUUUUGGCGGUGUCCAAUCUAACAGCGGUAGUGGGCUUCAAGUUUUUGGAGAUGUAUUGUUCAAGGCAAUUUUUGUUGUCUUCGACCUACGAGGGCCAUCGUUGCAUGUUGCUGGCCAUGCCUGA